AUGCUUGGUAAUACAUCCAGAUUAAUACGUCUGGCAUGCAUUGUGGGAAUUUCAAUAUGUAUUUAUGCAUUACACGUUGAAUAUUCAAAAGAGUCAGAUAAGAAUUAUCGUGCUGUUUGUGAUAUCUCUGAAAGUAUUAGCUGCUCUAAGGUAUUAACAUCAAAGGAAUAUCAUCUUCAAUCAAAGAAACCCAGUAUAUGGUAUAAUUUAUUAUUGUUUAUUGAUUUUUCUGAGCUACUUCAGAUCAAAAGUGAUAAUUAG